AUGCUCGCAACAUGCAGCGGCAGCCGACUUGUGCUGUCCUUGCUCGUUCUCAACUUCCUCUCGGUUGCGGCCAUGACGCCAUGUGCUAACGACUACUUGAUGGAGCUCAGAAAGAAUGCCAGCAUGAUGGUUUCCACGUGUUUGGGAAUACCGAUAGAGCCAGGCAGUAUUAACAUGUCCAUGUUUGCGAACCAAGGACUGUUCAUGGACAAAUGUCAGGUUUCUUUUGCAAACAUCUCCAGUUGCUUAUCUCAGCUUGAAAACUACUCUUUCCCUGACAUGUCAAACAUGUCGUGUGUGAAGGAGAUGUCAACGGCAGAAAUGAAGAAUGAGUCUGUCGUGACGCAGGAAAUCAAGAUGUAUGCGAUGCAAGCAUGGCAGAACGUGACUAUGAAUGGGAAGGGAAUUUUAAGCAUGAUUUGUCUCAACGUGAACGGAAGUUUUUGCUUGCCGGAGUUUCUCAGUCUUUCUCUCGCAGCUAAUGUGACUGAGCCGGGUAUGGACAGGCAGACGGCGAUCAUGGCGAUACCAACUCUCUGCUCCUCUCCUUGCUUCAAUGCCCUCUUGCAAGCCUUCGAAUCUCUCGUCAAAUUCUUUCCUCCACCUGGUCCGGCUCCUGCAAAUCCCAUGAUGAUGAAACAAGGCUUCGAAUAUGUAUGCACGAUCAAAGACUCAAGUGGGAAGUAUUGCUUCGCCAACUCGUACGCCACGAUGACGAGCUCUGCAUACGUGUGCUCGGAGUGUGGCUCGUUGGUAAUGAGAGGCGAUGAUAUUGCUUGUCCACUGAGAGGAGGGUGA